UUUCGCAGAAGUCACUCAUCUGUGAGUUUACAAUCGCAAAUAUCAAAUGCAAGGUAAUUCUUUGGUUUCCAAGUAACUGGCGAAACUAAAUGGCUAACAAGUUCAGCAACAAUACUCAUAACACCUCAAGCCAAGAAGACUUGAUGUUAGUUCCUCUCGCACAUUGUAUUCCAUGGCUUGUUGUCUUCAUCACUGAAUGCCUGGCCAUAGUCCUUCUUAAUAUCAUCGCUGUUAUCGUAUUCGUGAAGCAGCGCAAGCUACAACGACAGAGCACAUAUCUGAUUAUCCAUCUGGCCAUAGUCGAUUUGUUAGUUGGCGCAAUCAGUGGGCCUUUACGAAUCGAACUUAAAAUGGCGUCAUUUUGCAAUCUGUGGAGGAACGACUGGAUGAAUCAAUGGUCAAUUCGCGUAAAAAUCACACUCGGCAUUUUCCCAGUUGUUUCCCUGCUAAGUCUUGCGGUUAUUUCUUUAGAACGACUGCGUGCAACAUUUUGUCCAGUCAGGCAUCGCCAUACAAAAAAAUGGGUUUAUAUGAUAAUUAUAACUUUAAUUUGGUUAUUAACCACUGGUUUACUGGCGACAGAACAAAUCUUUAUUUCAGAUCCUCUAAAUUCGGAAAUUGCUUACUUUUCAUAUUUCUUUAUGACUCUCUUCGUUAUUUUAGUCUCAUAUAUCUGUUUAGUUGUCAAAGUGCGUUGCGGUCGUCAUCCUCAACACCAUGGUGCAGCCGGACAGAGAGAAAGGAGACUGACCAAUACCUUGUUUGUUGUUACUUUUGGAUCGAUGGUAACUUGGCUUCCACUUAUAAUACACCAAAGCCUAGUAAUCGCUUUGCACAUCGGGGAAUCAAGUCAGUUUCCUUUAUCCCAGAUAGCGAGUUUUCAUGUUCAUAUCUUAGUGCAAAUCAUAUACUUUGCAAACUCCUUGAUUAAUCCCAUAGUUUACGCCCUGCGGAUACCUGAAUUAAGGGCUGGUAUAUCGCAACUAUUUAAACUGAAUCGAAAACGUUUCAACUUCCUUGAUUUGCCCCUUCGAAAUCAUCAGUCUAGAGAAACAGAAGAAACAGUGCUGUAGAUUCCUUAUUCAAAUUCUACCUUCGCAAAAUUUCUGCUUAAACUAACUCUU